CUAGUGAAACAAGAUUAUUCGAACUUUAUUUUGUUCAAAGUCUAACAUACGUCAGCAGAAUGACACUAUCACGUCUUCUAAGCAAGUUUUUCUACUUUGUAUAAUAACGUUCUUUCGCAGUGAAAAAUGUAUCAAGACAAAGAGAAAGUUAUUGUAUUUCACAUUUUCUACAUUUCUGCACAAUUUAUUUCAUAAUAUAUUUUAAUUGAAUUAAUAUUAUUUUGUUACAAUUGGAUUUAAGAAAGGUUAGUUAUAUAACAUACAUUUGUUGACUUGUGCAUAACACUUAAUGGUUAUAAUACCUAAACAAUUCUAGGUAAGAGGAAAUGAAAAGAAUAUAUGUGCGUACAGUGACAAAAGAUGAAGUUAUUCCAAGAAAGAGAAAAAAAAAUAAAUUAAAUUUUCUCUUCGACAAUAUUUUAAUUAAAGAUAUUAUGCAAUAUCGUGGUAUAACAAAUUACUCAGUAAAGAAGAUACCCUACUCGCCCAAAUCAUUGUUCCGAUUUUUCGUAAAUCCUAACGGACUUGAUAACAAUCGCUAUUGGUAUUUGCGUAUUAAUAGCUUAAUAAAAGAAAAUCCAAAGGUUUUACACAUUUAUGAUUUACCAAAUAAUACACCAACACAUUUUAUGAACUCAUUUAAUCAGCAUCAACAUCAAGAUAAAUGUAUUUCUUCAGUUGAUUGUAAAGUCGCUUAUCAGAAUGAUCAGAAAAAAAUAAAUUUAACUAAAUCUAGUCUUCAGUUUAACACGAAUCAAAUAAGUGCAUAUGAGAAAAUUGUUGGAUUAUCAUUAGAAAAUGACUUUUCGGUUGUCGCUCUGGUGGGACCAGCUGGUACUGGAAAAACAAUUUGUCUCAAGCAGUUUGUAGAGAAACAGCAUCUAUUUUCAUACAUAACUAGUCAAAAUAAUUUACUACAAGAUGCAACAAUAAAAUUAGGUUUAAAUUCGAAACGAGUUUUUACUCUUUGUCGAUUUAUUAUGAAUCUCUUCGAUUUAAAUUUUUAUGAGCAAUGUACUUUUAAUAAUCGUAUUACUGGAUAUCAAGUGCAAAAUUUUCCCCUUCUGUUUAAUGAAUUGCCUGUUUCUGUAAAAUUUGUGAAAUCAUUGUUUUCAACAAAUAAUUUAGAACAUGAGGAUGUAACAUCGACAUUUAUAUCAGGAAAUUAUACUCUUUUUUUGUGCCUCGAUGAAUUUUCUAUGAUUUCUUAUAAUAUUUUACAAACUUUAUUAAAAGGGCUCGAACAUGCUGUUAAAAGUUUAAAUACAAACGAUAACAUUUAUAAAUCUGUUGUCAUAUUAUCUGGCGAUUGCCAUCAAAUACAACCAAUCUAUACAAUGAAAAAUAGUCUAGAGCGUCAAGAAAAAUUAAUUUAUGAAAGUGAAACAAAAACAUUGGAAACUCGUUAUUCAUAUCAAUAUAUUUCGAUAAAUUGUAGAAAAAUUUUGAACUUGGUCAAUGAGAAAAUUUUCUUUUUUCAGCAAUUACGUAAUAAAGAUGAAAGAUACCAUCAGUUUCUAAAUCGAAUCCUAAUAUCCAAAAAAUGGCAAUUAGAAAUUAUUAAUUACUUUAAUCGACGAUGCCUUCAAAAUCGAAUUGAUCUGCAUUAUCCAAUCACGAGUGUUUUUGAUUUAUCGAGAAAAACUCAAAGUCCUUUACAAUUGACUAAAUGGUAUCGACACCAUGCACCGCAUUUUAAUUCAUUCAACUAUUUUACCUGGUGUAAUGUAGAUGCUCACUUUAUUAAUAUGUCAGUAUUCUAUGCUAUUUAUCGUACUUAUUUCUCUAAGCAGCAAAAAGAAACUACCAAUUUUCAACCACGCCUAGCCCCAAUAUAUUUUUACAGUAACAGUGAUUUUCACAAUGGUUAUUAUGAUCGUGUACGAUUACCAUUUUUACCACUUAUACUCGGCAUGACGUACAAAUUGCUCAUUAAUAAAGCAAAUACCCUUUGCCGUGGACAGUUGUUAACUCUUUUGAAAAUUGAUGAUUCAUGCGGUGGUGUAUUAACGUGUAUUGAUCGUAGUGAAAAGAUUUACAAAGUCAUGCCUACUUUCUUUACUAUGAACCUCUUCUGCGAAGACGUAUCACAUUUUGUUUUUCAGAAUAUAGAGAAAAUAGCAAUUAAUAACGAACACUAUGCCCGCAUGCAGAAAUAUGGUAAGCUGUUUGGGUAUCCGAUGCAAUUGGUUUGUGGUGACACAGUUCGUGGAAGUAUUGGUAUCACAGUCGACAGCGACCUUUAUAUUAAUCUGAGCGGUUGCAGCUUGGAAGAAAUUUAUGUUAUUUUGUCACGAACGACAGAUGAACGUAAAAUUAAAGCAGUACUUGUAUCUUAAAAUGGAGCUCUGAAAGUAAAAAUAAUUUAAUGUCCUGCGCUAUAAGUACUCUAUAAGUAUAAAAAAUAAGAUCAUACUGAAUAUAAUCUGACUAAUCAAUUAUCUUUAUAUUCUUAUUGUAAUGAUUGUUAUUAAUCUUUAUUAUAAAGAUUAUUUUCAGUUAUUAUUAAUCUUUCAAUGUUUUAGAAUGAUUUUUGGUAUUCACAAUGAAUUAUAUAUUUUAUAAUCCAAAAUCGAAUUGAAUUAUAAUUCGAGAUUAUAGAAACAGGUUCUUUUUCAUAUUGUCAUUUAAGUUGUUAAAGUUGUUUUAAAAAUAAUAUAAUAUAAUAAUAUAAUUUUCGAAGUUUGUAAAUUUUUGCAAAAGUCAUUUUUAUAAACUUUACAAAAUUAUUAUUCAGUCAUAAGGAGAACACUUUGUAUGAAGUAAACGUUUAAAUUAUCAUCCUAUCCUAUCUACUUUGCUUAAGCUUCGGAACAACUGAAAAAAAUCAAUUUCUUUACAUUACUUUCUGUGUCCAACCAGUACUUUCGAGAAUGUGACAUAUUCAUUAGUUUGAUUGAUUUUAUGAUCAAUUGUCAUCAGCAAUGGCAUG